AUGAUCGACGACGAACGAGCAGGAUGGAAGAUUACGAGCAAGCUGCAAAGGGGGAAACUGCUGGCAGGUGUUAAUUGCCUUGCUGGGUUGGCUAUCUUCUUCUUUGGAUAUGACCAGGGCAUGAUGGGUGGAAUCAACAACUCCAACGCAUACCUGCAGCAGAUGGGCAUCGGACACGUGGAGAAUAAGGAAGCGGUGGUCAAGAAUAGCCUCCUGGAGGGUGGCAUUGUGUCUGUGUAUUACCUCGGGACAUUGGUCGGAUGUUUCCUGGGCGGAUCAGUCAGUGACAGAUUCGGCCGGAUAAAAUCCUUUGCCUUUGGUGCAACCUGGGGUAUCAUCGGUGCCACGCUGCAAUGCACAGCGCAGAAUCCAACCUGGAUGAUCAUAGCACGAUUGAUCAAUGGUAUUGGUACGGGCGUGUUGAAUGGCACGGUUCCAGUGUAUGGCUCUGAGAUAGCGGAGUAUCAUUCACGAGGGCAGUUCAUCGCGAUGGAAUUUACCCUGAACAUAUUUGGUGUUGUCGUGGCGUACUGGCUGGGAUUUGGGCUGAGCUACGUUGACAAUGGCCAGUCCGAGUUCCAAUGGCGAUUCCCAGUUGCAUUUCAGAACGUGAUGCUGUUGACUCUGCUGGGUGCUUGUUGGUUCUUUCCAGAGUCCCCUCGUUGGCUUUGCAUGGUGGGCCGUCGUGAAGAGGCACUCUAUGUUCUGACCCGUCUGCGGGGAGAAGGUGAAGCUGCACAGACAGAGUUGAUGGAAAUUGAAGUUGUUGUUGAACUCGAACAAGAAGCCAAACACACCUCUUACUUCCAUAUGCUCUUUGGCUUUGGGGGGGAAAACUUGCAUAUUGCCCGAAGAGUGCAGCUUGUGAUUUGGUUGCAGAUUCUGCAAAGCUGGUCCGGAAUUGCAGGCGUCACCAUGUAUGCACCGACCAUCUUUAGCAUUGCAGGAUUUGACUCGCAAAAGGCCCUCUGGAUAUCCGGUUUGAACAACAUCUUCUACACCUUGGCCACUCUCAUCUGUGUCUUCACAUUGGACCGCAUUGGUCGUCGAUGGACGCUCUGGUGGGGAGCCGCAGGACAGGCAAUCACCAUGUUCCUUGCCGGCGGACUUUCCCGUGGGGGUCUGAAUGAUACUGCACACCAGGAAGCGUGGGGAAUUGGCGCCACGUCCAUGGUGUAUCUAUAUACCUUCAUCUUUGGAGCCACAUGGCUUACAGUGCCGUGGCUCUAUCCGGCGGAGAUCUUCCCGUUGAAGCUUCGUGCAAAAGGUAAUGCGUGGGGUGUUGUCGGUUGGAGUUUAGGGAAUGGCUCACUCACUUUGGCCCUCCCGUACAUCUUCAGUGCCAUUGGAGAGGGCACAUUGUAUGUGUUUGGAGCUGUCAAUCUAAUUAGUAUUCCAAUUGUCUGGGCUCUCUAUCCCGAAUCCAGUCAACGCACUCUCGAGGAAAUCGAUCUUCUUUUCACUGCCAAAUCGCCCUGGGUCUGGGCGGCUGAGGCCAACUUCGAGGCUCUCAGGGCGGAAAACCCAGAGUUGGGGGCUUCCAGACAUGGCGGAAUCUCCGAUAAUGAGAAGGUGUAUGGGUCUGCAGAGCACGCGGAUAAAGUCUAG